UAGUAUAUCCACUUUACGCAGGGAUCACCCGGAAGCGAAGGCUUAAGCUUCCAUGUGCCGUGUUCUUAGCCGAUUGCUAUGCCGUCUUCCUUGUCAGCUGGUCUUCUGUUACUGCUAUUGGCCUUGGUGCUCUUUCUGCUGUUCCACUUCAUCACAUCUGGUCAUUCUGCUGGUUCAUGCAGGUGUCCGCCGCACUCCUCGCUUCGUUCAGGCGAUGUUUCAGCUAUCAGCUGCGCCGAACCUAGACAGUUCCACUUCAGCAGCAUGAUCACACGCCAGAUCUCCACGCAUGAACUGUGCAGCAUCCGGUGAAAUAAGCACUUCUCAAUCACACAUGUUGUACUUCUUCAAGACAUACACGUCUCAGUUGGCCUAUUCACCAUUAGUAACGCUCACCAAAAGC